UUUAGUCUUACCUGACGUGAAUGUAAUAUUCUUCUUCUGCACACUGUGUUUAAAGGCUGUGCUCUCUCACAUAGGACCAUAUGGAAAUUUAGGAUAUUGGUUUAACUGAUGGCAAUGUGACUUAUAAGGUGGUGACUUACAUGCCUAAAAAUCUGGCUAGGACAGAUCCCCUCCUAUUGUAUUGUAAAGUUUCAUUUUUUUGCUAGCAGAUGAUUUUCUCCAGGCCUUGAGACUUUAUCCUGUGACUUCAGUAAUAGUGUCUCCCACCAGGGCUGCCUGCAAGCUUUCUGUAAGGUACCUUUAGCUUUAGCAUGGGACUGGCUUUGGGGGUUAUACCCAGUUACAUGCAGAUACAGGCUGGCCCUUUCUGGUGAGACACCAGGAUGUGUGUUUGUUUAUGGCUGAUGGGGACUGUUCUCUUGGAGGAGAGAGGAGUCUGCAAACAAGCAAUCUCAGAAGGGUACAGAAAUCAAAUGGAUUAUGUUCUGUGCUUUCAGACCAAAGGCUAAGUCUUGAAAACAUGAUUCCUGCAACUGUUCACACUGUCCUGAGUGCUCUAUAUUUAUGCUGCCACAGAAAGAACUGGUUACACUCGGAGGAGAAAAAACACAGGAAACGCCAAGGACUGAAAUGCGCUUGCAGCUAAAGUAUCCUCAUCAUGAAUAGGUACAAAACUAUCAGACAGCUUGGUGAUGGGACCUACGGCUCUGUUCUCCUAGGGAGAAGCAUUGAAUCUGGAGAGCUAAUAGCCAUUAAAAAAAUGAAGAGAAAAUUUUAUUCCUGGGAGGAGUGCAUGAACCUUCGAGAGGUUAAGUCUUUGAAGAAAUUAAACCAUGCUAAUGUGGUAAAGCUGAAAGAAGUUAUCAGGGAAAAUGAUCAUCUGUAUUUUGUGUUUGAAUACAUGAAGGAAAAUCUUUAUCAGUUAAUGAAAGAGAGAAACAAGCUGUUCCCUGAGUCUACAGUUAGGAAUAUUAUGUAUCAGAUCCUGCAAGGGCUUGCAUUUAUUCAUAAGCAUGGGUUCUUUCACAGGGACUUGAAACCUGAAAACCUGCUUUGCAUGGGACCAGAACUUGUGAAAAUUGCAGAUUUUGGCUUAGCCCGAGAAAUCCGAUCUCGACCUCCUUACACAGAUUAUGUAUCCACAAGAUGGUACAGGGCUCCUGAAGUACUUCUGAGAUCCACCUGCUAUAGCUCUCCAAUAGAUAUUUGGGCUGUUGGUUGCAUAAUGGCAGAAGUUUACACGCUGAGGCCUCUCUUCCCCGGCGCCAGUGAAAUUGAUACUAUAUUCAAAAUUUGCCAAGUCUUAGGGACGCCAAAAAAGAACGACUGGCCUGAAGGCUACCAACUUUCAGCUUCCAUGAAUUUUCGCUGGCCUCAGUGUGUACCUAACAACCUAAAAACUCUCAUACCUAACGCUAGCAGUGAAGCAGUGCAGCUCAUGAGAGACAUGCUGCAGUGGGAUCCCAAAAAGCGGCCAACAGCUAGUCAGGCACUUCGAUACUCGUACUUCCAGGUUGGGCAUGCCCUAGGCAUUCAGGAACUGGGAAAACAAAAGGAACUGCAUAAUAAAUUGUCUCUGCAUAUUAAACCUGUCCCUCCAGCACAGCCCCCUCUGAAACCUCAUGCCCGAAUUUCAUCAAGGCCUUUUCAACAAAGCCAGUCUUCUCAGCACAUGGUGUACAGUUGUAAGACAGACAGCUCUGGGGCUGAACACAGUAACUACUUAAAGGAGGACAAGUCUAACCAGGUUCUUCUGCCUGCAAUACACAAUAAGGUUCCUCAGCAGAAACCAUCUGCUGGGUCUGAGAAUACAAAUGGUGAACUUAAACCAAAACCUAGGCGAAGAUGGGGACAUCUUCCCAGGACAGUUAAGAAUUCCGAAGACUGGGAUGAUUUGGAAGACCUUGAUUUCAGCUCUUCCAUCAUGAGAACGGACUUGAAAAACAAGAAGAGGCAGAAUGAUGAAACCCUUUGUAGAUUUGAAAGUAUUUUGGACCUGAAGCCUUUGGAUGCCGUAGGCUCUGGCAGCAGUGCACGAACUUCCCAUGCGACCUUUUUGCGGCAGGACACUCCCACAUUGCGAGUUUCUGCAGCAAAGCAGCACUACUUAAGCCAUUCUAGGUAUCGACCUGGAAUAAGCACCAGGAAUAGCAUAGUCUCCACUUCAAACAAAGAGUCUCUUCCAUCUAAUCACUGGCCCAGUUCUGGUUUGUCUGGGAAAACCUCUGGUUUGGGAGGAAGUACUACCAACAGGAAGAAUUCAGGGCUCAUAGGAUCAAGUGGUUUAACGAGUGCUUAUGUCCCUUCAUUUCUGAAGAAGGAAGUAGGUUCUGCUGGGCAGAGGGUGCAGUUAACACCAGUUGUGGACCCAUCUUCUGAUUUUGCAUCUCUCACAUCAGUCAGACCCCUUCUUGGAUGGCCAUCACUCAGUUCACCUACGAAAAGCUCGCCGCGGUUAAUGCCUCUCCCGCCGGCAGCGGAGCCGAUCCACGGGCGCGUUGACUGGUCUGCGAAGUACGGCACUCACCGGUGACCUGGGAAUACCUCUGAGCAGUGCGUGCAUCCCCGGAAAUGGUGUCCAACGUGAGACCAUUUCAUACUGCUUUAUAUACCUGUACAAUUAAAAGGAGCAGAUCUUCCAUGAAUGAGACAUUUUGAAGGGUUUUUUUACUUACUUGCAUUAAUCUGAAUGCAAUCUUGUACCAUUUUGUAUAAAACUGUUUUGUUAUAUACUUGGGUCCAUUUAUUUUCAUAAAAGUGAAACAUUUUGUAUAUAAGGCUUAGGGUAUUUGGCAUUUUUAUACAAUAAAUUUUUAUAAUGAACUUUAAAGAAUUUAACUUUUUUAUUAGACUCAACUUUUUUAUAGAAAUUCUAUAAAAAAAACCGUGGUGCAAUAUUGCAGUGAAGGAGAAGUGUUGAGGAAGGGGCAUUCAUUAGACAUUUUCUGAAGUUGAUGUGCUAAUUGAGGCUGUAUAAUUUCAAGUGAUGCCAUGUCUCAGUGCCACACUUCUGUUGUCCUAUACUCAUUGCUUUGUACUGACAUCAGAGGAGUGAGUGACUUAACAGUCUAAACUCUCCUUCACAGUCACUCAGAGACUGCUAAAAGAUAGUGGGAGGCACCUUUUUUUAAAUUUAUUUUUGCCUUUGAAAGGUUUUUUGUUGGACUGCUAUUCAAAUUUACCAGAUCUGAGGACUCUUGUUUGGUGAAGGGUAAAUACUCUUCUGUAGAUCCGUUUUCUGACACAGUGUUCCUUUUUCCUGCUUAAAAGUUGUUCUUUGGCAUUGUUCACUAUGAAAUAGAAUGUGGACCUACCUCUGUUAAAUUCAUGUAAAUGGUCUAAUGAUUUCUAAGGAGAAAAAAGAUAUUCUAUUUCUUCUUUUUAUUUUGUUGCAAAUGUAAGAUCUGAAGCUAUAUUAAAGACUGUAUUAACAAUAAAUCAAUAAAACUAAUAAAACUGGUUUGAGAGUAACAAAAUAUUAAUGAUAUGCCAGCAAUAUAGUUUAAGAAAACAAGAUCUAUGCAGCUGACUUACUUUUCACAACUGUUUUAAAUUGCUGCUGUUCUAAAUCACUUAAGGGAAAAAAAAACUAAACAACCCAGAGGAAAUGAGUCAGUCUAACCUUACUUAUGUUUAUACUCAGUUCUUCUUCACUCAAUAUAUCUUCUUUUACAAUAUGAAGAAUAUGUCAGCUUCCAUAAAUUAGGCCCAGAGGCUCUACAGGAAAAAAUGGGAUCUUACGUGGUCCUGUUAAGAAAAUGUUGUAAAACUGUGGUUGAUUUCACUGAAAUUGAUACAGUUCUUUGAAGAGCAGUUUAACUCAGUUUUUGAGAGUAUUUAUAUCAAGGUACAGAGGAAAGAAAGAGUAGCCCCAUAAUCUGGUUUAGUUCUACUCUGGAAAGGAGUACCAGAGUCCAGCCAUCAGCAGAAGAUUCUUUUAGAGCACAGUCAGCAUUUGUCUGUUCUGCACCUCCUUCUACAGGAAAAAGAUAAAAUCAUUCAGUGCUGUGGGAGAACACUUUCUAUAGCUGUGUUCUGGAGCAGUGCUGCCAAAGCUGAAAUGUGCUGACAAAAUGCAUCUCCCUGCAGAAGUGUGCAGAAAUGCUUGUCUUUCUGAGCUCAUUGUGUGAUCAGCUCAGGAAAAUAGUUUAUUUAUGAGACUUAAAUCCAGCCUAAAGGCAUCAGAACAGGUGCAGUUCUUAGCUUCCAACCAUUUCACAUGAACUGAAUAGCUUGUGUGUCAAUGAGAUCCUCUCCGUGGGGUAUGCUGGCACACACAAGGGGUAGCUGCUGUGGUCUUGAGACUGAGAACAGAUUCUGGCCUUUUCAGUGCUUCCCAUGGUAAACGUGGGAUUUUGAGGAAACUGUACCCUAGGAUAGGCUGCUGGCUCAGUGCUACAGAGGAACCCACAGGGAGCACUGGUCACUGUUUGCUUUUAUAAGCUCAGCCCACAGUGACACAGUACAAGACAGAGAGCAAAAGUGUGCAUGAAAAACUUACACAUGCCAAAGACAUCUUCUGUGUCCUGCUGCCCUGUUAUCUGGGCAUAGCAAGUACUAACUCCAAACCAUACCUAACUGCUUCCACAGCAGUGAUGCUAAUGCUUAGCAGUAAAGUAAAGCAGCCACUUGAUUUCUAAAGUGCACACUGACAGGUGUCAGUGCGUAGGUGGAAAGCAAAAUAUGUAUAUUUGUGAUAGAACUGGAAAGAUAGUUCUUUCUCUUGGAAAUAAAUACCUGUAUUUAUGUCUACGUAUAAUUUAAUUUAUUUUAUCACCAGGUGAUUUGUCUCAAGAAUGAACACCCUGAACCUAUCCCGGUAUCCCUAGUUCUAAGUAGGCUAUUUAAGUAGUCUGGUCUGUACACUUAAUUCCUACAAGUAGAAGGACACAAGUUAUGAGAACAGGCAGCUGAGGCUUGGAUUCAUCAUACCUAAGUGUGAGCUCCUUUGUUGUGAGGUGACUCACCUCUGGUGAGUGAGAAUCGUGUCAAAAGAAAUCUGUCUCAUUUGAGAGCAUACUAACAUUAUAGAGAUGAGUCUCUCCGCUAAGGAGGGGGACAACUCUGUGAGAUUCAAGUAACACAGGAUGAAUCUGAACCUGGCCUGUAAUCUCUGAACCUUUAUCAGACUGCCAGUGAUUCUUUUUGACUAUAGCAUUCAGGCUUCAGUCUGUCCAGUCAAAAGACAAGAAAAGUAAGUUGUACUUAUAAUUUUCUUUUUUUUAAUAUCUCCUGCUUUCCUAAGUUAAAGCCUUUUAUUUUUGAGGAAAAAGCUAAUAAUCUUGACAUUGAGAAUCACAGCUAGUUUUAACUUAGUGAGACAGAAAAUUAGCUAGACGUCAUGGCUGUAUCCUUUACUCAAGCACAUUCUUACUGAAGCUGGAAAAGUUCUUUUUGAGCAGGACGGAGCUGAGUUUAUGUAUUUUACCAUGCUGUCUCUGUGCAAUACAGAUAUGGAAAAGAUGGAGGUCUUUAUAUACUGAAAUCUGGACAAGCAGCAUAUCUGAGAAUUUAUUAUAUGUAACCUACUACUUUAUGCUUUAAUAUUUAGCAGCAUCUUUGUGGAAAAUGUUUUUAGAAUUGUACUGUUUACAUUUUCUCAGGCUUAGGUAUAACAUGUAAUAAUAAAGGAGUCUGACAGUGGAUUCAUUUACCCCUGUAAUCCAGAUUUUCUAAAAAGUAGUGUGAAAGUGCCAUGAUGUUAACAAAAAGAAAAAAAAAAAAAAGCCAAAAAAAUCCACUCCCAUGGUGUAUCUGAUAUGGCUGUUGAUAUGAGCAGGAUGUUCCAUAAUGUGAGGAAGAAAACAUGUACUGAAAGACCAUUUUAGAACUUAAUAUGGAAGGGAGGUGUGGAAUUGUCAGAGAUGUGGAGAAAUAAUGGUUCUUGUUUAUUCAGUGUUUUUGUUCAGAAACAUUCUAAAUGCUGUUUUCAUUCUUUCUGUGUCAAAUGUCCUGCCCAGAAUAAAGUUAUCCUUGAGGAAGCAC